CCUCCUAACCCUUCAGUCCCUUCUCUUCAAACUCCCCUCUCAACGUUACCAAGGCGCAGGAUAAGAACCUGUCACCCCCUAUGCGCAUCUAAUCUCCGACCCUCUCCAGCCACCAAUGGGCUCCACUUCCACGGUCUCUCUCUACUCUCACCCGCAGGUCUCACUCAACAAGCAGAGGCUACAAUCCUGUUUUAUUAACGGUUCUGGCUCAUGCUAUCGUGCGCGCGGCUUGCGAUUCCCACCCGCAACGGUUUCUGUUUCCGUUUCGCUUGGAAGCACAAGGAAAUGCUUUAGGUUCAGGUUCAGAGGUUUGGUCGUUCGGGCCGAUUCUAGGGCUGGCGGUGGUUCGAGGCGCACGUCGACUGGUCGUAGAGUUUAUAGGGAAGCUCAGGGCGAGUUGACACCCUCUCCGGUGAAGCAGGUUGCGUCGUUUGUCGCUCCGGCGGGUUUGUUUUUCGCGGUUACUUUCGUUUUGUGGAAAUUGGUGGAGAAACUCCUUAUUCCAAAGCCAAGGAAGUCUUCAUCUGUUGAAAGUAAGUCUCCCUCGCAAGGAUUGCAAUGGUCCUUUGCCCCAGGAACAAAUCUUUUACCCAGUCUCAGAGCUAAGAUUGAUAGGGAGUCCAAGCAGAAGAUCAAUGAAUUUGCUAAAGAACUUAGGACGUUCAGAAGUGUUGAUUUGUCAGGGCGCAACUUUGGAGAUGAAGGGCUAUUUUUUCUAUCUGAGAGUUUAGGAUACAAUCAGACUGUAGAGGAAGUAAGUUUUGCUGCAAAUGGAAUAACUGCAGCUGGAAUUAAAGCCUUUGAUGGUGUUCUUCAAUCAAACAUAGUGUUAAAGACUCUUGAUCUUUCUGGAAACCCUAUUGGAGAUGAAGGAGUUAAGUGCCUAUGUGAUAUAAUGAUGAACAAUGCUACUAUUCAGAGGCUUCUGCUGAACAGUACUGACUUGGGUGAUGAGGGGGCAAAGGCUGUUGCGGAGUUGUUGAAGAAAAAUUCAAGCUUGCGAGUUCUUGAACUCAACAACAAUAUGAUCGACUAUUCUGGAUUCACUGGUCUUGCUGGAGCACUUCUCGAGAAUAACACUAUACGAAAUCUACAUCUCAAUGGCAACUAUGGUGGUGCUCUAGGGGCUAAUGCUUUGGGAAAAGGACUAGAGGGGAACAAGUCUCUAAGGGAACUUCAUUUGCACGGAAAUUCUAUUGGAGACGAAGGAGUACGAGCCUUGAUGUCUGGUUUAUCUUUGCAUAAAGGGAAGCUUACACUUCUAGACAUUAGCAACAACUCAAUUAGCGCAAGAGGUGCCUUUCAUGUUGCUGAAUACGUAAAGAAGAGCAAGAACCUGUUAUGGUUGAACCUUUACAUGAAUGACAUAGGUGACGAGGGAGCUGAAAAAAUUGCAGAUGCUUUGAAGCAAAACCGGACGAUAACAACCAUAGACCUGGGAGGAAAUAACAUCCAUGCCAAGGGAGUCAGUGACAUGGCUCAAGUUUUGAAAGAUAAUCCUGUAAUUACAACUUUGGAACUUAGUUAUAAUCCUAUUGGACCAGAUGGGGCAAAGGCUUUAUCUGAAGUUCUUAAGUUUCAUGGAAAGAUAAGCACCCUCAAGCUCGGUUGGUGCCAGAUAGGAGCAAAGGGUGUGGAGUUCAUUGCAGAUACUUUGAAAUAUAAUACUACCAUAUCUGUACUGGACUUGCGGGCAAAUGGACUUAAAGAUGAAGGUGCAGCUUGCCUAGCUCGCAGCUUGAAAGUGGUUAAUGAAGCUUUAACUUCGCUAGAUUUAGGGUUCAAUGAAAUAAGGGAUGAUGGGGCUUUUGCCAUUGCUCAAGCGCUAAAGGCUAAUGAAGAUGUGACAGUUACAUCUCUGAACCUUGCCAAUAACUUCCUGACAAAAUUUGGACAGAGUGCUCUGACGGAUGCAAGAGACCACGUUUAUGAAAUGAGUGAGAAGGAAGUCAAUGUCUUUUUCUAGGUUGAAGAUUCAUGCUCAGCGGGUAAUAUGUUAGAACAAGAAAGUACUUUGGUUAUUCUUUUUCCGGCGAGUAUCAGUUACUCUCAAGAUUCUUGUCAACAAUUAAAAUAAACGUAGUGAGAAAAAUUUUGGAAAUUUUUAUAUUGAUUGAGCAUAGUAAGUCCCAUCAGUGGCUUUAAUUGGUCUUCAGGUUUUCAGUCAUGUCAUAGAAUUCAACUGUAGUUUACAAGCUGACAUGUUUCUGUCAAUUUGCCGAUGAAUUCUGUUGUGCUUUA